AGCCCUCAGCCAUGGCCCACCCGGCAGCUCCCGGCUUCGCGCUCCGCACCGCCUCUCCGCUGCACGGCUGGGGUCUCCCCGCGGUCCCCGAGCCCGAGGGCUACAGCAGCAGCUCGCCGGCACCCUCACCCGACUCCUGCGGCCUCUCGCCCCCUGCCAGGGCACCGCGCCGUGCUCCCGCGGGCAGGAGGGGAUCAGGGGUGGCCGGGGGCCCACGGCAGAGCGCCAGCGAGAGGGAGAAGCUGCGGAUGCGGCGGCUGGCGCAGGCCAUGCACCGGCUGCGGCACUACCUGCCGCCCGCGCUGGCGCCCGCCGGGCAGAGCCUCACCAAGAUCGAGACCCUGCGCCUCGCCACCCGCUACAUCGCCCACCUCUCGGCGCUGCUGGGCCUCAGCGAGGAGGUGCUGCUACUGCGCCGGGGGGCGGCCCCCCGCCACUGCCCGCUCUGCCCCCAGGGCCUGGGCUGCUGCCAGCCCCCGCGCCCCCGACUGCGCCCCCCGGCCCCGCAGGAUGCUUCGCCUCCCGGCUUGGUGGGUUGGGGGCCCCCCCCGGAGCUGCACGGGGCUCUGGAUGCGGGGACGGGGACGUGGGGGUCGCUCUCCAGUGGCCCCGUGUUGGAGACCCGCCCAGAGCUGCACGGGGUUCCUGCCACGGGGAUGGAGCUCUGGUCAUCACCCUCCUACAGCCCCACUGCGGGGGCAUCCCCGGAGCUGCACGGGGCUCUCGCCUCCAACGUGUCCUCCUGGCCAUCCCCUCCUCACUGCGCAGCGGCAGGGACCUCUCUGGACCCCCCCAGUGACCCCAUCCUGGACACGGGGCUGCUGCCGCCAGACUUUGUGGAUGCAGAGAUGGUCACCCAGGACAUCUCAGCAGAUCUGCUCUCUCUGCUGGAGGCUCUGCUCCCAACACAGCCCCAGGACUGAGCCAUGCACCAUCAGAUGCCCACGACUUGCAGGACCCAGGGAGAUAUGUGUCCCCCCUUGGACAGCUGGGAGGGUGGCGAAGACAAGGUGCUUGAAGCCUGGAUCCAUGCUGGCCGUGACUGUACAUAAUAUACUGUGACUGUAUAUAAAAUACUGUGACUGUACAUAAAUAAACCCUUUUGCCCAC